AUGUCAAUUAUAGUUUCUCUUAAAAAGAAAAGGCAAAAGAGAAAGGAAAUCUCAAAUUCUGAAGAAUCCAAAAAGAAAUACAAAUGCAAUCAGCAUGAUGCAUCAUGUUUUAUUGGCGAUGAAAGACAUAUAAAACUUACAGCUAUGCACUUGCAAUGCUGGGCAAAAGAAAUUAUUCGAAGUACUACAGAUGAUACUCAAACACUGAAUUUGCCGAUUUUCUCACAAUCUAGCAGUACGAAAGGAAAUUUCAAGCCACCCACACCUACAGAAACACUUUUAAGCUCUAAUAUGACACCAAUUUUUUUUACUAUGACACCUCAAAUGAUUUCACUUGCACAAAAUUCAAAUAUGGUUAAUACUUCUAAUACACCAUUGUCUUCUCCAAAGCUAGCAGUUCCUUCCCUUAACGAAUUCUUUACUAAAUUGGGUGCGAAUGGUGAUACAUAA